CAUGUGGAGAGAGUGCUUAUCUUCACGAGCCAGCAGAGUGAAGCCAGCUCCCUCAGGAAUGAUCCCCAGACAAAGACGACCCCCAGGGACAUCGACUCCAAGCCUCCCUGCCUCUGGACAGCCAUAUCCAGCACUGGCUAGCCACCAUCAAUAACCCGCCAGGAUCUCUCAGCGAGCAUGACAAGACGUUAACUGAGUGGACAUGAACACCGGACUCCUGGACAACUGAUGACCUGCAGAGGACGGCUUCAUAAACUGAGAUUUUCUGCACAUUUCUACACGCGUACAGCUCACCAUGACCAGGAAGGUGUUUACCAAUACGAGGGAGCGUUGGCGCCAGCACAAUGUCAACACCGCCUUUGCCGAACUCCGUAAACUCAUCCCCACCCAUCCUCCUGAGAAGAAGCUGAGCAAGAACGAGAUCCUGCGUCUGGCCAUGCGCUACAUCAACUUCUUGGUGCAGCUGCUGGAGAGCCAGAGCGGUCAGCCGGCCAGCCACUCCCCCACUGCUCUGCUCACCUUUCUCAGAGGCAACAUGGAGCAACUGCACUCUCCUCCUCACCCCUGGGCCAUGACCAGUGACACAGAAGUCCCCUCACCUGGAUCCAGCUGCGACAGCUCCGAGGCCUGGUAGAGCCACGGUCACAACCAUACAUUUAAAAAAAAAGAAACUCUUGAAUGGACUUUCUGACCCUUUCCGUGGGUUUAAAACUGAGCUUGUCCUUUCUCAAGACUCAUUUUUGUCUCUGCAUUUGUCACCUGUGUGUGACUUGUGUUUUAAUUACAGAAGCUGCACUAUUGUGUGAUAUUUUUGGACUUUGGUUGAACAUGUUGGCACAGCCUCCUCAAAUAUGAUUUGCAGGUAAAAAUUAAUUUUGCAUGGAUGUGUAAAAACCUGGAUGUACAAUAUUCCCUUCAUGUCCUCGUGUUAAUAUUCCUUGUUUCCGGCUGCCUGGAACUAAUUUAGUUUUGCAAUGAGAGGGUGUUUUUGCUGAUGAGGAAAAUGGAGGGGAUUAAGGAAUUUCUCAUUCAAGCGAUAGAUUCAGCAAAGCAUUUGAAUAGAUAAUGGCUCAGCCAAUUCUCCAGACUGCAAUCGUCUCAAAAUAGCCAAGGGCACUUUUUCUUUUUUAUCGACAUGCCGUUUUUUCCUGAGAAGACUAAAUCUGACCUUUACUUUCAUUUAUCAAGGUUAUGUGACUUCAGACAAAUCAGUUCUGAGACAGACAGAUUCUCAUUCCUUUUACGCAACAAUGUGUUUGUUGAUUACUGACUUGCUGUACUGAGGGGUUGGGCUGAGGAAAUUCAGCAAGACUGACAAUCCUCUUGCAGUAACUGUAUCUUUCACCUCACUAAUAUCUUCUUAUUUAAAUGUCUGUUUGAGUUUUUGUAAAAUACGCAUGUCAUACAGCCAAAGAUUAUGAAUUGAUUGUCAACUGUGAAGUGUGCUAAUUAUCUUCUGAUACCUCUUUUGUAAGUUAUUUUUGGUUUGCUUGUGAAUAUACAGUAUGUUAUUUAUUUGAACUAUUUAUUUAUUAAAUGAUUUGUUAAGAAAACUAA